AUGAUCGUUAACGGUGUAUCAGAUACUGUUUUAUGCCGUUGUUUUUCGAAUUAUUUAGACGGUCCUGCACUUGAUUGGCUUUCUGCUUUGUUUGCAGGUUCUAUCUCACGAUUUCAGCAGCUGGCCAAGCUAUUUGAAGAACACUUCGCUGGAUCCGCAAUUUAUCUGCAUGACUCGAAUUAUCUGAACACUAUUAAGCAGAGGCAAAAUGAAACCAUCAGCAUACCUGACCUCCAUCCCGAGGUCCAUCUGCAUGCAAUCAAAAGCGGCCUCCGACCUGGGAAGUUCCAAGAAACAAUUGCGGUGGCCAAACCAAAGACCCUUGCCGAAUUCCGUGAGAAAGCCAAAGGCCAAAUCAAUAUCGAAGAACUCAGACAAGCUCGAAAGUCUGACAGAGCAAAUUACAGAGACGAGGAUAAAGCUCCGAGUAGUAAGAAAGGUUUUAAACUAAAACCUCGUUUUGAUUCUUAUGCACAGUUCAACACUAAGCGAGAGGAUAUAAUCAAAGAAAUUCUGAAUUCAAAAAUCAUCAAGCCACCAAGGAAGGCCGGCACUUACCAGGAAACUAGGAAUGUAGACAAAUCUAAAUAUUGUGCUUUCCACCAGAAGCAUGGCCACACCACUGAUGACUGUGUGGUGGCAAAAGAUCUCUUGGAAUGA